AUGAAUGUUCAGCGCCUUGUUAGUUAUCUCCUUGCUGCAUUGUCCUUCAUUUGCUUAAUCAAAGGAAAUCUUAGAACAAUUUCUGAAAAAAGAGAUAUUAAUUUGGCAAUAUAUUUGUCAUUAUGUUUGGGAAAGGGAUUAAAAAUCGACUCCUUGAUGCUUUUGGAGGGAAUCGAUUACAAAGUAAAUAUUAUCAACAAGGAAAUGAAUGCUUUCUAUCACGGAAGAAACGACACAAUGAUUUCCAUGGGUUAUGUCAUAUAUGAUGUUUGCUAUGGAUCUAAGGGUACACUUAAAUCAGCGUUGGACUCUGUAUUGCAACACGUUAACUUGCCUUCUAAAGGUAAUGGAACUUGUUGCGUAUCCUAUCCAUCCCGUAAUGAUGAGGUUAUCAUAGUAGCUAACGCAAGUGAAGCUGUUUCUUCACUAAUGGUUAAUCUUCUACAAGCAUCAAAGAAGCCUUACAUAUCAUUGUAUCAGUACAAAUCGUAUGAUCAACUAUACAAAAACUAUUACAAAUUAAAUUCGCAAGAUUAUGAAGUUCUGAAUACAUUUCUCGAGUUGAUAAAAUUUAUGAAGUGGACACAUGUUGGGCUUAUUUUUUCUAACAAUCCAUAUGGAGAAGCUGGUUAUUAUAGAGCAAUUGAUGUGUUUAAUGAUGCUGAAAUAUGCUUCAGUUUUUCGUUUUUCUUCUCGAAUGGCGCUUCUUUGAGUGAUGUGGACAUGAUCAAAAGGCUCAAAGGCAAUGCUUACAUUGACGUGGUACUAUUAUGGUUAACUGCUGAUACUAUCAGUUUCCUGCAAUUGGCCGACAGGUAUUUCAUAUAUAACAGGACUUGGUUAGCAAGUCCUGCAAUUUCAAAUCUACCUUCAUCUUUUUUUCAAACCUUUGAACCAUUAGUAGUACAGGGAAUGAUACACGUGAAAAAAAGUCGCAAUAAAAAAAUAAAUAGCUUUUUUAACUAUUUUUGGAAGCUAGAAAAAACAAAUGUGAUCAACAAAUGGAGAAAAUAUGCAAACGCUAAUGUGUUGGAAAGUGGUAAUGGAACAUAUCUUAAGUCACUGCAGAAACAGAUAGAUCAGCGGACAUAUGUCACGCUUUACAAUACACUUGCUGCUUUCGACAUUUUUAGGUUCGAUUUGAAGAUUAUUAUUGGUACUAAUGUCAAAGAAAAAACCAGUUACAUUAUUGAAGAAGUUCAGAGAAAGCCCAUCCGCUUUGGUUUCAUAAAUAAUGCGGACACUGCGUCAAUUGAAAUUUUACAAAUUGAUUACACCACCAGAGAAGUUAGUUUCACCUACGUAGUAUUAGUACUAACAUUAUGGGGUAGACUGAGAUUUUCUGAAUUUAAAAAAAGUGUUUGGGCAGGGUAUAGCGAGAGAGCACCUAAUUCAAAGUGCCAUGGACAAUGUUUGGCUGGACACGAACCAAUUUAUGUGAACAAAAGAUGUUGUUGGAUUUGUGUAAAGUGUGCAGACACCACAAUCAAAUCGAAGAAUGGCAGUGAGACGUGCCAAGAUUGCCCACACAACACAGAGUCAAACAGAAAAAGAACCCUUUGCUUUACCUAUAAAAAUAAAUACAUCAUUUAUAAUACUACAAUAGCUUAUGGUGUUUACAGUUUGGUGUGUUUAGGCGCAGCAUUGAGCUUCGUUUUUCUUAUUUGUUUUGUUAAGAAUAGAACCACGCCAUUAGUUCGUUCAUCAAAUACUUUUUUAUCCAUCACACAACUUACAAUUCAUUUUCUUUUAUUUUUGACACCUGUUUCUUCAAUUGGAUACAUCAACAAUACGUCUUGCAUUAUAACAAUGGUUUUACAUGGACAGUUAAUUUGCCUAAUACUAGCCAUUGUUUUUGCCAAGACAGUGUUUCUUGUUCGCGUGUUUCAGAGCAAAAGAGUGCUAAUACGUUCUGUAGUAACAAAAAAUGUUCAGUAUCUUUGGAUACUGUCGAUUCAAGCUGUUUAUGGAUGCCUUGUUAUACUAGCACUUUACCAUUCACCUCAUGGCAUUUUAAAUAUGAAAAAUCGAAAACAACUGCUAAACGAAGUAACUUGUGCAAAUCACAAUCUACUGAUUUGUCAAUUUGCAUAUAUUCUAUUCCUGACCGCUUCGUGCAUGGUUCAAGCAUUUCGUGCUCGAAAUUUGCCCUCCUAUUAUAAUGAAGGAACAAAAAUACUGUAUGCAUCAUCUAGUGUGAUUUUUGUGUUGAUAAUGGCAGCACUGCUUCAUACAAGCAUAACAGAUAUAAACAAGAAAGUUAUUCAAUAUCAGGUUCUUUCGUGGUUAAUAAACUUUUGUAUUUUGUUUUUCAUGUUUUCAUUUAAAGUCUGGGUUCUUAUGUUCCAACCGCAACGGAAUAAUAUUCGGGUCUUUCGAAGAAUUUUGUAUAAUAACUCAAAAGAAAGAGUGGAUAUGAAAAUGAGAAAAAGAGAAGGCUCAAGAAGCUGA